AUGGGUUCCACUCAAGAUGAAAUCAACGAUGCGAUCAAAAAUGGGACACUUGACGACAUUAGGAGCUUUGCAGAGCUUCACAAGCGCAGACAAAACUUCGAGACACAACUGGAGCUGCUACCCGACAUUCAUCAUCGUGGCCGACUCGCUUUCGACACUGCCAUCGACGUAAACGUUCCGGAGUCGAUCAAAGCAGGAGUUCCAGUAGUUUCUGUUCUGCAGCGGGUGCUCGAUGUUAUCGGAGCGCUUUACGACGAAAACACGCGUCGCAAUGCAGAGUUAGUCCCAGAACGCGAAAGCACUACCGAGCACGAGUCUCUAGUGAAAGAUGCGACACCCUCCCAGCAACCUGAUAACCAAAAUGAGCAGCCACACGAGCAGUCACAUGAAAUGGAAGAAGUCAUAGAAUCGAGCGAGCUAUUAGAAUAUGACGAGCCAGAUAGCGCGGAAGAACAGUUCUACGAAUCCGAGUCAGACUACGGAAAGCCAUCCAAAGGAAAAGGCAAGCUCAAGAGAGGCAGAAAGAAGACGAAAGACAUCGAAGCCGCCAGAAUUGCUAUCGCAGUGGAAGCCAGGCAAAAGAGAAUGCGCCUGACCCACGGCACGCCCAAUAGCGACGCGAAGAAUCCUAAGCGCCAUCUCUUCGGUCUCAAUUCUGAAUUGGGAGACACGAGCGCUGGGCUUUCACCGACACCCUCAUCACCGACAGCCAAGAGCAGGAAAACGCCGAAUAGCCUAGCAGCAUCUCCGCGUCUUCACACUCGAAGCAGGUUAUCUGCGCAAGCCGAGAACACACCCAGCAAACCGCCCGCCAACCUGCCACCUUCGAUAAAGGACAGCACGACUCCUACCGACCCACCAAGUCUCAUCGUCAAGCUCAAGACCCGUAAACCGUCUACGCACAACCCAGUACACGUCUCAGGACCCAAUCACCACCCCAAGCGCAGACGUCCACCGAAACCAUACAAGAGUGCGGAAGUUGUAGACUCAGAUGAAGAGGGCGAGGAAAUGAAGGAAGAGGCCCCUGCCAAGAGUAUCAAAGAGACAAAGCGAGCGACGCGCAAAGCUACCGGCAAGACUACGAGCAAGCUUAAGACACUUGUCUUCGGCAGAAAAGAAGAAGUGGCAGUGGAUGGAGACAAGGACGCCGAUGUUGAAAAGGCCGACCCAGAACCCAUCUCGAGGAACGGUACGACGCGCGAGACCCGACAAACGCGAAGUGGAAUGACCACAGGAGGAAAGCAACCUACUAACCUCUCCAAGGCCAAGCAAGAUGCAAAGAAGCCCAAAACACCAGCGCCGUCAGUCAAGAAAAUGCGGGAAAAGGCUCCAGUAGCUCCACGGCCAAAGCGGAAUACUACAACACGGCCGCGAAGAGGUGCCAUGUCCUCACCCUUUGAGUUGUUCGAGCCACCUCCCGCAAAAACCGCUAUGCCCGCAGAAGAGAAUGUCCUCUCGGACACGUGGUCUGACACCGCCGUAUUACCAACCAGCCCUUCGCCUCCGCUCAUCGCUAAUCCACCUGAUUCACGGCCAAAACCUCCAACAACUCCAACCUCCCUCGCACCCCAAACCUUCGCACCGUUCCCCCCACUGACCCCCCGCGACCUCACCCCCUUCACACGCGGCGCCCGCAUCGCGCUCGAAAACAUUCUCUCAGACCACCAGUCCGAGCCCUUGACCUCCCUUAUCGACCUAAUCGAAGAACUAGACGACACACGUCCAAUCGUGAACGAUUGGGAACAUGUCACGGUGAUGAAGGGCGGGUGUUGGGUGUACCAGGUUAUGAGGGAUGUGUGGGAGGAGGUUGUGGAUGAGAGUGAUGAAGAGGAGAUGGAGGUGGAUGUUAAUAUUGAGGAGGUUGUGGGGAGGGUCGGGGGAUGGGUUGAUAGGGAGGUGGGGAGGUUGGGUGGGAUUGAGGAGGGGGAGUAG